AUGGUCACCGAUCAGAGAUCGCUUUGGUCAGCAGGUGCAAGGCCUCGUCACUGCAGCCAACUCACAUGUAGGCCCAGCCAACGACUUCCAACCUACCUACAUGACCAGCCGAUCAAGGGAGUUUAUGCAUACAGCAUGCAAACACGGAGAGGAGGACCUGUCGGUAUACCCGGAAGCAAAGGCAGAUUUUUUGGGAAUGCUGUCUCGGCAGUUGUACCUAGACCGGUCUGCCUUAUGCUGGUGGUGGUGGUCAGCACCUUGGUUGGGACAGCCCCACAUUCACUGCCUGUUAGCGUACCGACGCAAGGGAAAGGGGGCUCAGCCCAGCGGUUCAGUACUGGCACUCUUUGA